AUGCCUUCACUCCUACCCCGUCUUCUUCAAAACCGCUCUCCCUUUUCCCCCUCUUCCCUCAAACCACGCUUAGAUCUCACACGCAUCGAAUAUCCCUCUGCUCCAGAUGUACCAUUCACACCAAAACAAGAAAAAGAUUAUGACAACAUGUUCAAGAAUUUACCCGAAGAUAGCAAAAAGAAGUUGGAAAAAUUAAAAAGGGAGCAUGGGUUAACGAGAAAUCAAUUGAUCUUGGCUGGGUUGAAGCAGUGGGCGCCGGAAUAUGUGGACUCGUUUAAGAUGGCAAUGUUUUUUGGUAUUGUCUAG